CGGAUGAAUCAGGCGUCGGCGGCAGUUGCGGUGUCGCUCGGCGCGUAGCGGCCCUCAGCCGCCGGGUACUGAUGCCUCAAAUAAAUUUCUUCGCGGUCCCUUCUGGCUCUGCGAUUGGUUGCUGAGGUGGGAGCUGGGGGACACGCCCCCUUUGAGGGGCGGCAUGCCCACAGCCUCCAUGGCCCAGGAUCCUGUGAAGCUGCAAGCAGAGGUGGAUCGGCUGAUUGCUGAGCUGCGGGAAGCAACUCAAGAGAAAGUCCAGGCAGCAGAAUACGGCCUGGCUGUGCUAGAGGAGAAUGGUGAGCUCAAGCAGCACUGUGGCGAGCUGGAAGGCCAGCUAGAAGUGAUGCGCUCCGAGAUGGCCCGCAUGAAGGAGGCAUUGACAGAGUCACACAGCAUUCACAAAAGGGCUGCAGCUGACGGGGAGAGCCGAGAAGAGCAUCUUCUCCGAGAAGCGGCCUCCAAGGAGGCUUGCUUGAAUCAGUCCAUUGAGGAGCUCCAGGGUGAUGUGAAGUACCUGAGAUCCCAGCUGGAAAGCACAGCAGUGGAGAACGAGCGCCUUGGCACGGCUCUGCAGGAUCUGAGGAAGGAAUGCCAAAGCAUGGACUCUGAACGAGCCCACCUGCGUGAGCAAUUGAAGCAGACCAAGGCGAGAGAACUGCACCAGUUGCAGGACUGUGCUGAGCUCGAGGAGGAGAACAUCUCCCUGCAGAAGCAGGUCUCUGUGCUCAAGGGCAGCCAGGUGGAGUUUGAGAGCAUCAAACGUGCACUGAGUUGCCGGGAGGAGGAGCUGGUGCUGGCGGGGAACCAACUGUUAGAACUGGGGCGUCUUCGAGACCUGGCCGAGCACCAGCUUCAGGAGGCGUUGGAGACUCUGCAGGCAGAGCGGGAGCAGAAGCAGGAACUGCGGCGGGAACUGGCCACUUGUGCUAGUGGGCGCCCCAACUCACUGAACAGCUUGCAGGCCAACCUGGAGGGACUGAACUGCAGUCAGGCAGAAUGUGAAGAGCAAGACAGCGGAUUUGCCAAUGGCAGCACUCUUGAGGGCCUGGCUUCUACACCUCACGGCGUCCGGCCUGCGCCUGGCCUUGUGGCAGACCUUUUCAGUGAGCUGAGCUUAGCAGAGAUCCACAAGCUGCAGCAGCAGCUGCUCCAGGCAGAAAACGAGAAGAGUUUGCUGGUUUCGGAUCUGCAGGAACUCAAGAGGCAGCUCACAACCACCAAGGAGGCUUUGGCCCAGCAGCAGCAGCAGCAGCGCCACAACCGCGAGGCAGAACACCCUCAGGCCGUGGAGUCCGGCCCUCAGGAUGAUGGGAAGCGUUUGUCCCUGCUAGAGAAGGAAAGCUGCUGCGAGGCGGCGGAAAGGGCCCAGCUGGCUGCCCAGCGGGAGCGGGAGGUGGCGGCACAGCUAGAAGGGGACUUGCGGAUUGCCAGGAGGAUCGCGUUGGAGUGUCAGUCGCGGCUGGCUCAGGCCCAGGAGGAGCUGCUGGGCUUCUCCGAGGAGCUGGCAGGUCUGUAUCAUCAUGUCUGUACCUGCCACAGCAUAACCCCUCAGCGGGUGGUACUGGAUUACUACCGAGAGGGCCGCGGAGCCCAGAGUAUGCGCAAGAGGCAGGCCUCCAGAAAGAUCCUGGCAGCAGAGGUGGGGACAAGCAGUGACAGGGAACUGUCCCCAAGCCCUAGCUCCCCCAGUGGCUUGGAGCCCCUGAAUGUGGCCAGCCUGAUGGGCGUCUUACGGGAGCAACUGAGGCACCUGCAAGUGGCACUCUCCCUGGCACACUGGAACAGCCCCGUGGGGCACAAUGCAGAACUGGAACGUGACAAGGAGGUGCUGGUGGAAGAAGUGCUCAAGCUGAAGUCCCUGCUGAGUACCAAGCGAGAGCAGAUCGCCACCUUGCGCACGGUGCUGAAGGCCAACAAGCAGACGGCAGAGGCGGCCCUCUCCAAUCUCAAAGGCCAGUACGAAGGUGAGAAGGUGCUCGUGUCGGAGACGAUGGCCAAACUGCGUCAUGAGCUCAAAGCCUUGAAGGAGGAUGCAGCCACCUUUUGCUCACUGCGUGCCAUGUUUGCUAGCAGAGAUGAGACAACCAGGAUCCAGUGCAGGUUUCUACGCAAUUCGGACUCGGCAUUUGGACGUCCUUCAGCAUGGCCACAGAACUCUGAAGGCUUGGUAUUUGUAAGGAGCUCCUUUGCCCAGGACGAAGCCUCCAGCCAGAGCUUACUUUCUGCCCCUCUGUGCCUUUUGCCUCUGGUGCUGUUUUUCCAAAGCGCCUGUAACCUUGUGCCUUUGUUAGCUCCAAUGUAAAAGUGUCUGCCUUAAUCACCAGGGUCUAUUUUGUGUGGGCUGGCUGAGAGGAGGCUGGGCAUUGUUUCCACCCCUCGAAAAAGAAAGAAAAAGAACUUCUUCCGUGUCCUGUUUUAUUCACUGGGUCCGUUCCUUGGGCUCCCCCUCACUCCCUUUGUUUUGCACAUACCUGUUAACUAAUUUGCUCACUGUGUGGGUUGAAGGAUAUUGAAAAACAGAGAUCCAUGCAGCUGCGGAGCAUCCAUGGAAGUGGGUUUCAGGGAGGGGGAGAUGAGUAAUUAUCAGGAUCCCCCGUCCCACCACUGGCACUAUAACAGUACAAAAACAUUGUACUAGGUUAUCUCCUGACGACUGGUUUCAAAUGGUUUUUCUGAAUCUCUUGAUUUUUCUUACCAUAUCAUAACUGUCAGUCCUUACAAAAUAAGUUAAAAUAAAACAGAUAAAAUCUAA